AUGGACGCCUCCCAGAAGAUCGAUGUCUAUGCCGCACGACUCAUUGAUCCCAAGAUCGACACACGGACAAAGUCCAACAUCGCCACGGAACUUCGUGACUCCACCGAAAACCUAUGUUCGGUGUCUGCGACUUACACUAAGUUCCUUGCAAGGCUAUGGCCGGUGUUUAAAAAGAUCCUGGAGGGGAAGCCCGACUUCAACCCUACGUCGUUCGAGCAUGUCCUUCGAAACCAGAUAUUGGAGAUACUUCACAGACUACAACAUGGGUCGGCCGAAUUUGAGCCCUAUGCCUUGGACGUUGUGGAAACGCUCAUGGACCUGGUGAGGGUUGAAAACGAGGACAACGCAGUACUGUGCCUGAAAACGAUCAUGGACAUCGAGCGACAUCAGCCGAUCGCGACCGCUUCCAAGGUUCAGCCUUUUCUCGAUCUUAUCCAGGAGAUGUUCGAAUUGAUGGAACAGGUGGUGCGCGACACGUUCGACUCGCCUGCUUCCCAUCAUCAAGCUACCUCCUCGACGCCCAAUCCUUCUGGCCAGACUUUUCAAUCUCCUCGACCCGGUUCGCCAGCGACAACUGUCUCUGACCCCGGCAAUGAGAAGAAAGAGCACACACCACUGGCGAAAGGCAUGCACUCCUUCAAGGUCCUGUCAGAAUGCCCCAUCAUUGUGGUUUCGAUUUUCCAAGCGCACCGCAACACAGUCGCUGCCAAUGUCAAGAAAUUCGUGCCUUCGAUCAAAGGCAUACUGUUGCUCCAGGCUAAGGCCCAGGAGAAGGCGCAUGCCGAAGCCGCCGCCAACAAAACCGUCUUCACUGGCGUCAGCAAGGAAAUCAAGAACAGAGCAGCAUUUGGAGACUUCAUCACUGCCCAAGUUAAGACCAUGAGUUUCCUUGCCUACCUUCUAAGGGUCUAUGCCAACCAGUUGACGGAUUUCUUGCCCACCUUGCCCACCGUGGUCGUUCGACUGCUCAAAGAUUGCCCGCGAGAAAAGUCAGGGGCGCGCAAGGAGUUACUUGUGGCGAUCCGACACAUCAUCAAUUUCAACUACCGCAAGAUCUUUUUGAACAAGAUAGAUGAGUUGCUGGACGAAAGGAUCCUGAUUGGAGAUGGCCUGACCGUUUACGAGACGAUGCGGCCGCUGGCUUACAGCAUGCUCGCCGACCUGAUCCACCAUGUUCGAGAUUCACUGGAUCGAAAUCAGAUCCGCCGCACGAUAGAAGUCUACACCAAGAAUCUGCAUGACAAUUUCCCCGGCACGAGUUUCCAGACCAUGAGCGCCAAACUCCUCCUCAACAUGGCCGAGAGCAUCACCAAGCUGGAAAAUAAGGAAGAUGCGAGGUACUUUCUGAUCAUGAUUCUAGAUGCGAUCGGCGACAAGUUCGCGGCUAUGAACUAUCAAUACAACAAUGCAGUCAAGCUCAGCAAACAAUAUGCAGACAAGUCCAAAGAAAACCAGACAGAGACGUACAUGGACGAGAAAGAUCACAUACCCGACUGGGAUGAGGUGGACAUUUUCAGCGCUACGCCGAUCAAAACCUCAAAUCCGCGUGAACGGGGUGCCGACCCGGUCAGCGACAACAAAUUUCUGUUCAAGAAUCUGGUCAACGGCUUGAAGAAUAUGUUUUACCAGCUCAAAACCUGCAAUCCGCCAGGACUGAAUCUUGACCAAGCCAGCGUUCCUAUGAACUGGUCCGAAGUUUCCUUUGGGUACAAUGCUGAAGAGACGCUUGUGAUCACGAAGCUUUUCCAUGAGGGCGCUCGGGUCUUUCGAUAUUACAGUGCGGAGGCCCCUGUGCCAGAUCUCCAAUACUCUUCCCCUGUGGAUUUCAUGGCGAGCCAUUCCAUGGCGCAGAUGACUCGGGAUGAGAAGGAGCUUCUCGAAAGCUUUGGCACCGUCUUCCACUGUAUUGACCCUGCCACGUUCCAUGAGGUUUUCCAGGCCGAGAUACCUUAUUUGCACGAGCUCAUGUUCGAACACACGGCGCUUCUUCACCUUCCCCAAUUUUUCCUCGCCAGCGAAGCAACAUCCCCAGCCUUUGCAGGAAUGGUCCUCCAAUAUCUGAUGGACAAGCUGCCAGAGGUCGGCUCGGCCGACAUCGUUCGCUCAUCCAUCCUUCUGAGGAUGUUCAAACUGUCGUUCAUGGCCGUCACGCUCUUUUCUGCCCACAACGAACAGGUACUGCUCCCACAUAUCACAAAGAUCAUCACACAGUGUGUGCAAUUAUCUGUGACGGCGGAAAAGCCAAUCCAUUAUUUCAUCCUGCUUCGCUCUCUGUUCAGGAGCAUCGGCGGCGGACGGUUCGAGCUUCUCUACAAGGAGAUCCUCCCACUGCUCGAAAUGUUACUAGAGACUUUCAACCAUCUACUUCAGGGCGCAAGAGACCCUCAUGAUCGGGAUCUCUACGUUGAGUUAACGUUGACGGUUCCUGCAAGGCUAAGUCACCUGUUGCCGCACCUGAACCACCUCAUGCGGCCGUUGGUAGUGGCUUUGAGGGCUGGACCAGAUCUUGUUGGCCAAGGGCUAAGGACACUGGAACUGUGCGUUGAUAACCUUACGGCGGACUACCUCGACCCGAUCAUGGCUCCCAUUAUGGAUGAUUUGAUGACGGCUCUUUUUGAACACCUGAAACCUCAGCCUUAUCAGCAUUUCCACUCGCACACCACGAUGAGAAUCCUGGGCAAGCUUGGUGGACGAAACCGCAAAUUCCUGAACCACCCGCAUCAUCUGACGUACCGCCGCUACACGGAUGAUGAACCUAGUUUCGAUAUCAGACUUAUUGAUACGAGCCGCGAUCGAGCUUUCCCUCUUGACACGGGCUGCGACUUGGCGAUCCGCAGAUUGAGCGAGACGGCGAAGAACCCAAAUACAAAGCCUCUGGACCUGUACUAUAAACAGCAGUCGUUCAAACUCAUCACCAACCAGGUCAAACUGCUCAUUGGUACUGAUCAAAUUCCAGACGACUUCGCGGCCCUCCUGCGGCUCCAGGCGAAUGACCUUCUCGCCCGCCGCUUCACCACGUAUGCAGAUGUGCUUGCUGACAACGAACUGGGCAAGUCGGUGAUGAAGCGUCGGGAACAGGAAGAGACGCUGAAGAAGUUGUUAAAAGCUUGCUUCAGUGCCACAACGGUGCCGGAUCUAAAACCUCAAGCUGAAGCAUUCAUACAGAAUAUCGCCCGCCAUUUCACCAUCGUUGAGCUCGGCCAGGCUCUGUGCGAUGCCGGACGAAAAACGAAGGAGUUUGACGUCCACCUCGGGGAAGGGGCCGUCCAUCUAAGCACAAGGGUUCUUGCCGAUGUGGUUUGCCAUUGUUUGGCAUCGGACAAUGUCACCAUUCGAGAAGCAGCUGAAGCUUCGAUGGUUGCAGUUGUUGACGCCGCUCGCACUAUCUUUGGCAGUGAAGAAAAGGCUGCCCGGCUUCCCUUCUUCUCCCAUCUUAUUCAGACAUUCUGCCAUAGAUGUCGCGAAGUUGAGUGGUUCACAAAAGCGGGUGCGACAUUGGGGAUCCAGUUCGUCAUCACCAAGCUUGGCCUGGGGAAUGCCUUUCUCAACAGUAAGCAGCUUGAAAUCAUUAAGGCGUUGCUGUUUGUCAUCAAGGACACGCCACAGGAGGUUCCAGCGAGUACACGCAAGACCGCGCAAGAGACGCUGGAAUUUAUCCUUCGUAAGGUGUGUGCUGGGCAAACGCGAGAGAUGCUCACCAACGAAAAGAGCGCAAUACAUGCCCUUUCGAUUACAUUCUGCGUUGAGCUUUCCCACAUGAACAAGAACACACGCGAGACCGCACAGCGUGCAUUCUCGGUUAUGGCAGAAGUGGUAGGUGUCGAGGUGCACGAGCUGAUCGCACCGGUUAAGGAGCGACUUUUACAGCCCAUCUUCAACAAGCCCCUGAGAGCCCUGCCGUUUCUCUCGCAGACCGGAUUCAUCGACGCGAUCACUUAUUGUCUGAGUUUGGGCCACGAUCUUGUGCCACUCAACGAUCAGUUGAAUCGCUUGAUGAUGGAGUCGCUUGCUCUUGCCGAUGCCGAUGCCGAGAUACUGCAUCCAAAACCUGAUGAGUACAACAAUGCGCAGCUAAUUGUCAAUCUCCGUGUCUCCUGCUUGAAGCUCUUAUCGCUUGCCAUGAGCCUGCCAGACUUCGCCACCGGGCCUCAAAACACCAGUCGCGCCCGGAUCAUUACCGUCUUCUUCAAGCUGCUUUACUCCAAGUCCCCGGAGAUCAUCGACGCUGCUAAUGCAGGCUUGAAGGAGGUCUUGGUCCAAACCACCAAACUUCCCAAGGACUUGCUCCAAAACGGCCUAAGACCCAUCUUGAUGAAUUUGCAAGACUCAAAGAGACUUACGGUGGCCGGACUGGAAGGACUCGCAAGGCUGUUGGCGCUGCUGACCAAUUAUUUCAAAGUGGAAAUCGGUGCUCGAUUGCUCGAGCAUAUGAGAGUGAUAGCGGAUGACCAGUUGCUGCAGAAGGUCUCGUUUGGACUGAUUGAGCAAAAUCAACAAAUGAAGAUUGUGACGGCGAUCUUCAACGUCUUUCACCUCCUGCCUCCGGCUGCCACCAGCUUCAUGCCUGACCUCAUCAACAACGUUCUUGACCUAGAGGCAAAGUUACGCCGGACCGUGGCCAGCCCUUUCAGGAAACCACUGAUUCUGUACCUCGACAAAUACCCACAGGAGACCUGGUCGUUCUUCCAAAGUAGGCUUCAAGACGAGAAGUACGGCCGAUUCUUUGGGCAACUUCUGGCAUCGGAAUCGAGUCCAGCUCUGCGCGAGACCGUCAUGAACAACACUGAAGCGUUCAUCAAGGCAGCCUUUGAGGCUGAGACUGCCCCGCAACGGCACACGGCAGCGAUCAAUGGUAUCCAUAUCGUCCAUUCGAUAUGCAUGUUCGGGUCCUCAAAAGCUUGGCUGCGUGAGCAGGAGCCGCUCCGCCUCAAAGUCCUUGCGGCUGGUCGAGAGCUUGAAGGACAACUUCGGAGGGAUCUGCUGCAGCCUUCGCAGCGACUUCGCGCAGAACAAGCAGGAGAUCAACUCAUGGACGUGCUAGCACAGUAUCUUGAGUCGGCACUCCAAGAUCUUGAUUUCAUGAUGGAGGUUUUUUCUUCAUCCGCCCAAGGGCAGAUCAAAUCCCCGCUGAAGUUGACGAAAUUUCUGUUCGAUGCCAUUAUCACGGAAGAAUCGACUAGCCUGCGAUUCAAUAUCAUUGAAAGAUGCCUCGAGAUAUAUUCUCAGAAGACCGAGUCGCACAAGGUGAAGUCAUUCCUCUUGCACAACGUUGUGAACCCGACGAUGGCUAGAGAUGUGCAGAAUACUCGUGGUGAUCCCAAAGCCGGUCCUUUAGCGGACCAUAAGCUGUUCAAUCUCUUCCUGGAACGUUUGUGGAAGCCGGCCGCCCCUGAUGCCAAUGAGGAUUUGUCGCAACCUGGGAUUGACCAUUCCCGUAUGGAAGCAUUGCAACUCUCAGCCUUUGUGCUGAAAUAUCACAAGGAUGCUGUGUCUGAGGAUCGCAAAGACAUCAUCAAGUAUUCAUGGGGUCAUAUUAAACUGGAAGAUGUCAUUACCAAAUAUGCCGCCUACGUCCUGAUCUGUUAUUUCAUCCGAUCUUAUGACACACCUGCAAAGAUCGCAAUUCAGAUCUACAACCAACUCCUGAAGGCUCACCAGAACGAGGGCAAGGCUCUGGUUACGCAGGCACUGGAGGUUCUGGCUCCUGUUCUCCCGGCCAGAAUGGGAGGUGCCACGAAUGCUCCUGGAGACAAACGAUCGCCGCACUGGGCUCGUCUCCCUCGAAAGAUCCUCAAUGAAGAAACAGGAAAUCUACAACAAGUCCAGAGCAUCUUCAACUUCAUCGUGCGGCAACCAGACUUGUUCUACGAAUCCCGGGAGUUCUUCAUCCCCACAAUCGUCCAGAUGCUUCAUAAGAUUGCUCCUCCGCCAAAUCCCUCGAACGAGAACAAGAAGCUUGCAUUGGCUCUGAUCUCAUUGGUAUUGCAAUGGGAAACCCGUCGGGUAUCUGCGGUCUCUCCAUCGCAGUCGACAACGGAGUUGAGUCCUUCGCUCAAACGAGACUCAACAGGCGCACAGCCACUUCAACCGCCGCCAGUGAAGGAGAAGGCCGAAUACCAGAUACCGCUGGAGCUUCGGACACUCGUUGUGAAAUAUAUGAUCACUUUCAUCACUGCGCUGCCUGAACGGUUCCCUGUUCCAGCGGCGGAACUGAAGGCUAAGACGAUGCAGAAAGCUCAACAGCAGGCUUUAUCUAACGACCUGGUCAAGAAAGCCGUGCAGCUUCUCCGCGACCUGCUAGCUCCCAACCUAUGGGCGGACGUCGACGUCGGGCUUUACGAGAAGCUCCUGGAACCCAUCCUGAGUGGCGAGAAGGCCGACAAGGUAGAUGAAAAGCAACUGACCUGCAUGAUCAAUGCUUUGCAAGUUAUGCGCAUCCUCUUGAGCACGAAGUCCGAUGAAUGGAUCAUGAGUCAUAUGGAGAGGGUGCGGAACCUCCUGGAGAAGCCGCUCAAGAUGGAAGAACCUGAGAUUCAAGACUGUCUGCACCUGGUCAAGGAUGACGACAAGUCUCUUCCUCUGGUUCGUCGCGUUCUCGAAGCCGCCCCGAAGCAGAGAGCGGAAGAUGAGGAUGCGAUGGAACUCGACACUCCCCCCUCGGACUUCCCUACCAGAUAUUCCAAAGUCUUGAUCGGAGAAGCCCUUUCAUCUGGGAACUACAUCUCUGGCAUCAACAAUCUCUGGACAUUGUCCUUGGUACGACCCAGUGACGUUGAUGACCAUGUUAAUGGCGCAAUGAAAGCGUUGCAACAAAAGCUUGCAAAGGAGCACAUCAACGCAUACGUGAUACCGCCGGGACCGCCACCACAGGGUUGGCGUCUGGGCGAACCACUGAUGGAUCCUUACGAAUUUGCUCUCGGAGUUGACCUGAUCAAGAAGACCAUUGAUAUCCUGUCUUCGCGGAUGGCUGAGCUCAACGAACAACGCCGACCGUUUCUCAGUGUGCUCGCUUCGCUGGUGGAGAAGUCUUUCAACGUUGAGUUGUGCAGCAAGGUCUUGGACAUGGUGGAAAAAUGGGUGUUCGAUUCCAACGAACCUUGGCCGACCCUCAAAGAGAAAACCGCGGUUCUGCACAAGAUGUUGAUCUUUGAAAAGUGGCCGACUCAGACCCUGCUCGAGCGUUUCCUUGAACUGGUGAUCAAAAUCUAUGAGGAUCCAACGGUGACGAGGACUGAGCUGACAGUGCGUUUGGAGCACGCCUUUUUGAUCGGCACUCGUGCCAAAGAUGUUGAGAUGCGAAACCGAUUCUUGAACAUCUUCAAUCGCGCCCUCUCCAAGACCGCUAGCUACCGGCUGAAUUAUGUCCUGACCCUUCAGAACUGGGACACUCUCGCGGACUCAUUCUGGCUCAAGCAAGCCUCGCACCUCAUCAUGGGCUCUGUGGAGAUGUCCAUGCCUGCGCGUCUCCAUCCUGAAGAUGUCCGAGUGUGUCCCGUGUCCGAGCUAUUCAGUCCAAGUUUUGUCAACCCAGAACAAAGAAAGGACGACCUGUUGAUCGAGGACAGUCUUGAGGCGCUUGUCGUGGCCCAGCAACGUUUCAAUCAUGAGAUUCAGGAAGUCAAGGUUCGGGAUCUGCUCGACCCCAUCACUCAAUUACAGCACACAGACGACACCCUGGCGUACGAUGUCUGGGUCAAGCUUUUCCCUCUGUGCUGGUCUGCACUGAACAAGGACGAACGACUUGAUCUGGAGAAAGGCAUGGUGACUCUUUUGACUCGGGAGUAUCAUCAACGGCAGCUAAACUUGCGGCCCAAUGUUGUGCAAGCAUUGCUUGAAGGAGCUGUUCGUGCACGACCAAGAUUCAAGGUACCACCCCAUGUCAUGAAGUUUCUCAGCAAGACUUAUGAUGCGUGGUACACUGCCCUCAUCUAUCUGGAGGAAGCUGCCGUGGAUCCUUUGAUUGAUACACCUCAAGUCCGCGAGAGCAACCUUGACGCUUUAGUGGAGGUGUACGCCGGUCUCCAGGAGGACGAUCUAUUCUAUGGUACGUGGAGAAGACGAUGCAAGUUCAUGGAGACCAAUGCCGCUCUGUCUUAUGAACAACAUGGAAUGUGGGACAAGGCACAACAGCUGUGGGAGUCGGCGCAGGUCAAAGCUAGGACCGGCGUCGUCCCCUUUUCCCAGGGAGAAUACUACUUGUGGGAAGACCACUGGAUGAUUUGCGCACAGAAGUUGCAGCAGUGGGAUAUACUCGGCGAGUUUGCGAAGCAUGAGAACUUCAGUGACCUCCUCCUCGAAUCAGCCUGGCGAAACUACGAGGCUUGGUCGGGAGACGAGAAUCGCAACCAGCUGGACUCGAUGAUCAAGUCGGUCUCCGAUGCACCAACCCCAAGACGGACAUUCUUCCAGGCUUUCAUGGCUCUGUUGCGGUACAACUCUAAGCAAGUGUCGCGCGCCGAGUUCCAACAUGUUUGCGACGAGGCAAUCCAGCUAUCCAUCCGGAAAUGGCAUCAACUUCCCCGUCGUAUCACGAAUGCACACAUUCCCAUCUUGCAAAACUUCCAGCAGCUGGUGGAGCUGCACGACGCCAGUGUCAUCUGCGACAGUCUCAUGGGUACAAAUGAGCGCAAUCUGGACAGCAAAUCACAGGAAGUCAAAUUGUUGCUCCAAGCAUGGCGCGAUCGCCUGCCAAACAUAUGGGACGAUAUCAAUGCAUGGCAAGACCUAGUCACCUGGCGGCAGCACGUCUUCCAGCUGGUCAACUCGACGUAUCUGCCACUCAUUCCACAAGGAGGGAACAACGUUGGCAGCAAUUCCUACGCAUUCCGAGGCUAUCAUGAGACCGCGUGGAUCAUUAACAAGUUCGCACACGUCGCUCGCAAGCAUCAAAUGCCGGAUGUGUGCAUCAACCAGCUCGGAAAGAUCUACACCUUGCCCAAUAUCGAGAUUCAAGAGGCUUUCCUCAAAUUGAGGGAGCAAGCCAAAUGCCACUAUCAGAACAAGAUGGAGCUGAACAACGGCUUGGACGUGAUCAAUAACACCAAUCUUAACUAUUUUGGCGCCCAGCAGAAGGCCGAGUUCUAUACCCUGAAGGGCAUGUUUCUGGCCAAGCUCCAGCAUGCCGAAGAAGCAAACGAAGCUUUCGGUGUUGCCCUGUAUUAUGAUCUUCGGUUGCCAAAGGCCUGGGCUGAGUGGGGUCAAUACUCUGAUCGCAAGUUCAAGGAGAACCCGACCAACAUCGAAGCGGCAAGCAAUGCGGUCAGUUGCUAUUUGGAGGCGGCCGGCCUGUAUAAGAGCGCCAAGUCGAGAAAGAUGCUCAGUCGAGUGUUAUGGUUGCUCAGUCUUGACGACGAAGAGGGCCAUAUUGCAAAGGCAUUUGAGGAUUUCAAGGGCGAGACUCCUGUGUGGUACUGGACCACAUUCGUGCCUCAGCUCCUGGGCAGUCUUGAGCAUAAAGAAGCUCGUCUGACCAAGACAGUGCUGGUCAAGAUUGCCAAAGCGUUCCCUCAGGCACUCUUCUAUCAUCUGCGGGCGACAAGAGAGGAGUUCUUGACGAAGAAGAAACAAUUCGAAGCCCAGAAACGUCAGCUCAAGGCUCAGCAAGAAAAGGCAGAGGCGAAUUCGCGACCGGGAACGGCCAAUGGCGAAGCUUCCGUCAAUGGGUCGUCGUCUCCCAAGCCAAAACAAGAGCCCAACGGAGACAAGCAGGCCAACGGCACCGACGUGGCACACAAAGAGGAACCGAAGAAGCCGUGGGACUACACCGACGAGAUCAUGGCUGGACUGAAGACCGCCUUCCCAUUGCUUGCUCUCUCCAUGGAGACCAUGACGGACCAGCUGUCCAAGCAUUUCAAAUGUCCACCAGACGAAGAUGCGCAUCGUCUCAUUGUGGCCCUGUUGAACGACGGUCUAGCAUACAUCAGCCGGGCUCCGUUGACUUACGCCGAAGGGGCCAAACUUCCGCCGUCCACGGAAGCCAACAUUGCCCGGUUCGUGACCUCGGUUCUGCCUGCGCACAUCCGCAAGUCAUUUGAAGCCGACUUCGUCCAGACCAGGCCGACCAUGUACGAAUACAUCCACAAGCUCCGACGCUGGCGGGACAAGUUCGAACAGAAACUCGACCAUCGACAACAAUGGGCUCCCCUCGAGUCUUACAGUCACCAUCUAAGCGAAUUCAAGUUUCUCAAGUUCGAUGACUCGGUAGAGGUUCCUGGGCAAUACCAGCAGCACAAGGAUAAGAACACUGAUUUUGUGCGAAUCGAGCGUUUCAUGCCCACGGUUGAACUUGUUCGAGGCAAUAGUAUCUGCCAUCGUCGACUGACCAUCCGUGGCCACGACGGCUCGUUACAUCCGUUCGCCGUUCAGCAUCCUACCGGUGGCAAGGUGCGCCGCGAGGAGCGCAUUGUUCAGCUCUUCCGCAUCUUCAAUCAGACCCUGGCCAAACGCAAAGAGUCUCGACGUCGCAAUCUUUAUUUCCAUCUCCCCAUCUUCGUGCCGAUUGCCCCCUACAUCCGCCUGGUGCAAGACGACUCAUCCUAUGUCACUCUUCAAUCCGUUUACGAGGACUACGUGCGAAAGACACCGGGCAUGUCACGGGAUGAUCCGAUUCUCUUCGUUCUCGAAAAGUCGAGGGCUGUUGCCGAACAGCAAAAGACUACGCCACGGACUCCGGAUCAACUGACGGUCAUGAAGACGGAGAUCUUCAACGCAAUCCAGGAGCGAUGGGUGCCCAAUACCAUUGCUCUGCACUACUUCCAGUCGACAUACCCGAGUUUUGCAGACUUCUGGCUGUUCCGCCGUCAGUUCGCCUACCAGUUUGCCGCCACUACGUUCAUGACCUAUAUCAUGCACAUGUCGGCUCGCUACCCCAUGAAAUACUUCAUCUCUCGUUCCACCGGCGACAUUUGGGCGAGCGAUCUCCUGCCCAACCUCAACUCGGCUCGCGCGUACUUCUUCAAUCCUGAAGCUGUGCCGUUCCGUCUGAGCCCCAAUAUCCAAACAUUGAUGGGGCCCUUGGCCGUUGAGGGCAUCUUUACAGCGUCCCUCAUGGCCAUCGCGAGAUGCCUGGCCGAACAAGAUCAAGGCUACGAGAUGGAGCAACAACUCAGCAUCUUCGUUCGCGACGAAAUGUACAACUGGGCCGCAAGCCGGUCUCAAUCCUCAAGUGCGAACGAGCCGAAGAUGGAAGGUCAACACCUCCGGGAACUUGUGGCUCAAAAUGUGGAUUUCGUUGUUCGUCGAGCCUUGACACUGGCCAAGACGCAGGGCAGUAUAGGCAGUGACGGCGGCGUCAAUGGUGUAUUACCGGCUUGCCAAAAUGUGGUGGACCUGGUCAGUAGGGCGACCGACCCUAUGAAGCUCAGUGCAAUGGAUGGAUUGUGGAUGCCGUGGCUGUAA